GAAAGAACAAGCUGCUGGCAACUGAUGCUCCGAGAAAAACAUGAAACAAGCAACUGGGUGUCAUAGCAGCGGUCACGUGAGUAGCUAGGAGAACUGGGGACUGGAUCGCCAGGAGAGAAUGACCGGCACUUCACUUGCAGAGCAGUGCAUAACGUAUCAAGCUGGGAAAUGUAGGAUUUCAGUUGUACACAGAGAGAUGGGCGUUGGCAUUGCUGCCUGUUCCCAAGUUCCGUAAAUGGUAGUGGCAUGGCCGCAGUGUGGCAGCAGGUCUUGGCAGUGGAUGCAAGGUACAACGCUUACAGAACACCAAACUUUCCACAAUUUAGAACACAGUAUAUUCGACGGCGCAGCCAGCUUCUCCGGGAAAAUGCCAAGGCCGGAUUUGAUCCACUUCUGCGAAAGCAGUACCUGAGACUCAGGAGCCAGUUGCUUUCACAGCGUUACGGACCUUUGUCAGAGCAGAGCAGUUUUAGAGCCGCAUAUUCAAACAGUGUGCGUAGCUCUCGAACAACACUUGACCGCAUGGAGGAUUUUGAAGACGACCCUCGGGCACAAGGGGCUCGAGGGCAUCGUCGGUCUGUUAGUCGAGGCUCUUACCAGUUCCAGGCUCAAUUGAAUAGAGCCGCAUAUGAUGACAGGCCUCCAGGCAGUUUGGUGCCAACCUCUGUGGCAGAAGCCAGUCGGGCAAUGGCUGGAGACACCACUUUGAGUGAGAACUAUGCUUUUGCUGGAAUGUACCACAUCUUUGAUCAACAUGUGGACUCUGCAGUUCCAAAGGUCCAGUUUGCCAAUGAUGACAAACAUCUUCUGGCUUGUUGUUCACUUGAUGGAACCUUGUCUAUCUUGGCUUUGGUGCCAGCACCCCCCAGUGUCCGACUGGUGCUUAAAGGGCAUUUGAGGGCUGUGACUGACUUUGCAUGGUCUCUAAGCAAUGAUGUAAUCGUGUCAACAUCACAGGACGGGACCUUGCGCAUCUGGAACACUGAGGAUGGACGGUGUAUCCGGGAAGUUUCAGAUCCUGAUGGCUCAGAGCUGCUUUGUUGCACUUUCCAACCCAUGAAUAACAACCUCACUGUGGUUGGAAAUAGCAAACAUAAUGUUCAUGUAGUGAAUAUCUCAACUGGAAAGAAGGUAAAGGGCGGCUCUAGCAAGCUGACUGGAAGAGUACUGUCCUUAUCUUUUGAUGCACCUGGGAAGAUUCUUUGGGCUGGAGAUGACAGAGGAAGCAUUUUCUCCUUCCUUUUUGAUAUGGCCACAGGUAAGUUAACUAAAGCCAAGCGCUUGGUGGUCAGUGAGGGAAGCUCCAUCACUAGCAUAUCAGCUCGCUCCUGGAUCAGCAGAGAGGCUCGAGACCCAUCUUUACUUAUUAAUGCCUGUGUCAACAAGCUGCUACUGUACAGAGUUGUUGACAAUGAAGGGACACUACAAUUAAAGAGAAGCUUUACAAUUCAGCAUGGCUCCCAGCCAAUCCAUAGCAUUUUUUGUCCAUUGAUGUCCUUCCGGCAAGGUGCCUGUGUGGUGACAGGUAGUGAAGACAUGUGUGUCUAUUUCUUUGAUGUGGAAAGAAACACCAAGGCCAUUGUGAACAAGUUGCAGGGGCACAGUGCCCCCGUCCUGGAUGUCAGCUUCAACUGUGAUGAGAGUCUUUUGGCCUCAAGUGAUGCUAAGGGCAUGGUCAUCAUUUGGAGAAGGGAGCAAAAAUGAGACCCUAUCUGUUGCUGGGAGCAAGAUAUUCCUCAAGGUGAAAUGUAACUUGCCUAACCCAAAGUUGUUCUUGGUGCGCAGUCACUGUAUCUCACAGUGUCAUUUUUCAAUGCACCAAUACACAGAGGACAAUUUUUUUGGUUGGCGACAUCCCUUUUCCUUAAAAAGCAUUUUUUUCAUUCAUUCUUUUAAGUCUGAUUGGUUUUGGUUUGUGUUGUAUAAAUGUGAAAAUUCAUCAUGCUUUACAAGAAAGUUUUAGAGUGUGCCUGGUAUGCAUAUAGAGUGCACAUGAAUUUAUGCUUUUUAUUAUGGUGUACAUUAAAAUAUGAAAGGCUAUGUAAGUUUUUUGUUUUUUUUAAUGGACUAUGUAGGUUUAGAAAAUGGAUGUGUAGAUGGAUGAUAAAUGUCUUGUGCCCCUACCUGUUUUAUACAGACACAAAUGUGAACACUGAAAUUCUAAGCUUCCAGUGAAUGGAAGGCUUAAGUGAUAAAUCAGUAAUAAAUAAUUAUGUUGCAUUCAAUAAUAAGUAUGUUCUCCCAUACAGGAGACUUUUUUAACAUGCGUGGCUGU